AUGGUUUUGGUGAGCAAACAUGAAGAAAAGAACGUAGUUUAUUACAUACCACACUCGUGCGUAAUUAAACCAGACUCAAGUACAACCAAACUCAGGGUUGUUUUUGACGCCAGUGCUAAAACCUCAACGGGAAAAUCGCUCAACGAUCUUCAAGCGGUUGGUCCUGUAAUCCAGAGGGAUCAAUUUGACCUAGCCAUCGAGUUUCGCGGAGCCGAUGUAGUUCUGAGCGCGGAUGUAACGAAGAUGUAUCGACAGGUAAUGAUUGAAGAGACCCAAACUUGGGCACAAUGUAUAUUGUACCGAUUCAGCGAGAAUGAUGAAAUUCGCACAUAUAGACUGCUCACCGUGACUUACGGUGAAGCAUCCUCUUCUUAUCUGGCCUGUAGGGCUCUACAUGAAGUCGGUGAAGAAAUCAAGGAUAAGCACCCGAAAAUUGCAGAAGUAAUAAGGAAAUGUUUCUACGUAGACAACUUGAUGGUUGGGGCUGCAACCGUAGAAGAGCUGAAGGAAAUCAAAGAAAGUGUUACAAACGCUCUUGCGAAACGUGGCUUCCCACUUCGAAAAUGGGCAUCGAACAAAGAGGAGCUUCUAGAAGGUAUACCAUCUGAUGAUCUGGAGCAAACCGUUCAAAUAGGCGACAGAGAAACGAUAAAAACGCUAGGUAUCAACUGGGCACCUAGAAACGAUACAUUUUCGUUCAAGCCCGAGGAAAAUCAAACGUUUUCGACUGUUUCUCUUACUAAAAGGCAAUUGGCUUCUGAGAUACUAAGGCUUUAUGAUCCAUUGGGUCUCAUCCAACCGAUUAUAAUAACAGCAAAAAUUCUGUUUCAACAGUUGUGGAGAUACAAACUGAAUUGGGACGACCUCAUUCCCGAAGAAAUGGCAUCAACAUGGUUCAAACUGAAAGCCGACUUGCCAGCACUAACUACAGUCGAAUUUCCCAGACAAGUACUUCCAAGCAAGCCUCACCAGUUAGAACUGCAUGGGUUUUGUGACGCGUCAACUAAAGCGUUCGGAGCGUGCAUAUACUUGACAAGGAAGGCAAUAUAA